AUGGCGUCGCUCCUUAGGAAUGUCCACGAGUACUUCGCUCCACCACCACCAACAAUCAUGGAGACUAUCAAAGAGAACCUCCCAGCGUCGCCAAAACACCCCUAUUUCCCCGCUGAGUCCACAAUCGCUGGCUACCUUGCCAAUGAAUACAACACCCUCGAGCUCGUUUCGCUGUUCGCGGCUGGAUGCACCGUCAUCUUCAGCUUGACCUACUUGACGGUGAAGAAAGUGCGCCCGACUCUGCCACUGUCCGAUCUCGUCGUCAUUCUCUGGUUCACGCUCUGCGGCUUCAUCCACCUUUUCUUCGAGGGUUACUACGCCUACAACUUCCGAACAAUAGGGGGACACCAAGAUCUGUUCGGCCAGCUAUGGAAGGAAUACUCGCUCUCCGACUCGCGGUACCUCACCGCCGACAGCGCAUUUGCUGCCUGGGGGCCGCUCUCCUUUCUCACGGCUGCCCUCAUCGCCGUCGACCACCCGCUCCGUCACUCGUUCCAGAUCAUCGUGUCGCUCGGCCAGCUCUACGGAGACGUCUUGUACUACGCGACAAGCUUGUUCGACGAGGCGAUGCUGGGUCUCACGUACUCGAGGCCCGAGGCAGCGUACUACUGGGGAUACUUUGUCUUGAUGAACGCCUUCUGGAUCGUCAUACCCUUCAUCUUGAUCUGCAAGAGCGUCAGUGCCUGCUCGAGGGCCUUCGCGGCGCUCAACACGGCAGAGAAGCUGCUCAAUGGAGGUGUGCAGAACGGCAGCGCGAAGAAGCAACAGUAG